AUGGCACUUUCAUUGUAUGGUAAUGAAUCGCCUACAAAAGAGGACAACAAUGUAUGCUCAUCUCCCUCACACAAAAUUGAUAAUGAACCCGAUGCGCGUGCAUGUAUUUGUAAACAUAAACAAAAUACUCAAAUUUUGAAAGAGGAGGAGAUAUUGCCGCAAGCAAAGCAGGUGUGCGAUUCUGAAGCGUGUGCAAAAGAGACCACUGACGUAAAUGUAUUUACCAGUAGCACUCGGCCGGCUCAGAUCAUGUUCAAUGAGUCACGUAGUAGUGUGGAGCUUAUAAGUACUAUGGAAAAUAAAUAUAUGAACUCUGAUAAUAUCUUGGCGCAAAAACUAUCUUUUGCGGAAACGACUAAAGCUGGCAAUAAGUGA